CAGAUAAAAGAUAUCCCCCAGAGAUUAUAUCGUCAUUGUCGGGCAGGAUUGUCUGGGAAUCAGAUGUGUAGCAUGUUGUUCAGGGAUAAUAAGGCGGCGUGGGUAGUGGCGAGUGUUGUGCUGAGUGCAACGACCUGCAGAUGUCUUCACGCUCAAGACUGGCAUCUUCAAUCAGCGAGAGAGUGGCUGUCUGUCAGGAAGUCAACAUGGUGGCCGCUGUACAUGCCGAGUGGCGUGGAUGAGACGAGCCCGUGCGGCCAGUCCCUUACGGCCAUGAGGCACUCUUUAGAGCUCAACGAGACCUGGGCUCUCAAAAUGGUGGACUCGUGGGGUAAGUCGGUUGACGGCAUCCUGUACGGCACAAAGGCUACCGUCGGAGUGUUCGACGAAUGCGUCGCUGCCAAGUCGCCUGACAAGAGUAUUCAUGGGAAAUACUGCUUAAUAUCACUAAGACACGAGACAGUUUCGGAUAACUUAGACACGAAGGACCACAACAGCUGGACAAGGGGAUCAAAUCUAUAUGUGGUGCCAUCUGUAAUUAACUACAAUUGGCAGCUAAAUGGAAGCGGCUUCCAGUAUGCUACCUGCAUGCCAGAUGCCUGCAGCGCGGAGGAGCUACAGGAGAGCCUCAUAGAGACAUACAGCAACAGCACUAUAAAGUAUGUAGUUAAUAGUGUCGCGUGUCAGCCUAACGAUUCACAAAACAAGUUCUCAGCCGGCGACAUUGUAUAUAUCACUCUGUUGAGCGUCUUGUUCUUCACGAUACUCGUAGCAGGCUUGGUAGACGCAUAUAUUGAGAAAACUAACAAUAAAACAAUGGCUAAAGGUGCUUUGCGGUACCUGCUGCCCUUCUCUGUGUACACCAACAUGAGGAAGCUCUUCCACCUCAACACUGACCACUCCCCCGACAGCAUAAACUGCCUUCAUGGUAUCAAAGUGCUGUCCAUGACAUGGGUGGUGUUCGGGCACCAGCAUAUUGUUACGAUGCUCUUUGAAGCAAAUCUCCUUGGAAUGUGGACGAAAAUGGACAGUUUCUUUGAUCAAAUAGCGAACAACGCCUUCCCGAGCGUAGACACCUUUUUCUUUGUUGGAGGUGUUCUGUUAUCUUUGUCUGUUCUCAAGCAACUCAAGAAGAAUGGAAGGUUCAACAUCAUUCAGUUUUAUAUCCACAGAAUUAUCAGGUUGGUACCGUCUAUUGCGCUAGUUGCUGGGCUGUACGCAACUAUUGUUCACUUCUUUGUGUCUGGACCAAUAGCUAGUUACUGGAAUGUCAUGCAGAGAACCUGCCAACUCACCUGGUGGCGAGAUAUCCUAUUCAUUGAUAAUUUUGUUUUGGACCCAAUUGAACCCGGCACUCAAGGAGACUGUCUGGGACAAUGUUGGUACCUGGCAGUGGACACACAGUUCUACCUCAUUUCUCCUCUCAUUCUCCUCCCUCUCUACUUCUACAGUGGUAUAGGUGAAGUGUUGCUGUAUGUGCUCAGUCUCGUCUCGGUCAUCAUCCCCGCUGCCAUCAUAUAUGCAUAUGACUUCCCACCUUUUAAUUUACUUUUGGACCCCAAGACAAAUGAUUACAUGCUGAAGGUUUACCUCACACCAUGGUGUCGAGCCGGGCCCUGGCUGGUGGGCCUCUGGCUAGGCUAUGUCUUCUACACUCGGGGGAACAAGAAGGCCAUUCUUACGAAGUGGCAGGUGGUUGCUGGAUGGACAGUAGCAACUAUUACCGGUAUCCUAAUUGUAUUUGGUAUGUGGAGUUACAACACGAUACCCAGGAAAGCCCAGUAUGAUGUGAUAACCCAGGUGGUGUACGGCGGGGGCCAGCGGUUCACCUGGGGCGCUGUGAUGGCUUGGGUCGUCUUCGCUUGUCACUACGGGUACGGAGGAUUGGUGAAUGAGUUUCUCUCUCACCCUAUUUGGCAGCCAAUGAGCCGCUUGACCUACUCCUUAUACCUCGUGGCUUACCCUCUCCAGUUUGCUAUUGUCUUCAAUACCAGAACUCUUUAUUAUUACAACUAUUUUAACAAGAUAAUCGAAACUGUGGGAGUGUUGGUGAUCUCUGGAAUAAUAGCAACAUUGGUCUCUCUUUGUGUGGAGUCUCCAAUCAUUGGCCUGGAGAAGGUUCUCCUCGGACGGCCUGAUUCAAGAAGCAACGAUCCUAUCAUUAGAGGAUCCAAACUCUCGGAAAAUGGCACAGAGUCCAAACUUUCGGGAAAUGGCAGAGAGUCCCAGCCCUCAGGACAUGACAACUACUCAUUCAUUACAGAAAUGACAGAGAUAACUGAAGAUAAUGGUACAUGUUCCGAGAAUGUUACUGUUGAUAAUGUUACCAAACUGUAAACAUUGUGUAAUUGAAAGGUAUGUUUAUUAUUAUUAUUAUUAUAGUAAAAAAAUAACAUUUGCUGGUGAUAUUAUAAUAAUAUUAAAAUGAAAAUGAAAUAAUACAGAAAAAAUACAAGAAUAAUUAAAAUUUCAGAUUAGUAAAAUAUUUAUAUUUAAAACAAAUACGUAAAUUAACUAUUGCCAAAAAAUAUAAUAAUAACAACGGAAUUUAAUUUAAUUAUCAGGGGAAAGCGCCAAGCAAUUACGACUUUAUAGCACUUGGAAGGGUCAGGAUAAGGAUUUGGGAUGGGAUGGGGAGGGGGGGGAGAGAAAUGGUGCCCAACCACUUGGACGGUCGGGGAUUGAACGCCGACCUGCAAGAAACGAGACCUUGGGAAAUACUUGGAAAAUUUCAGUGGAAAUAGUUAUAUUUAUACUUCAUCAUCCAAGCUCAUUUAAACAACAAAAGUGUUCCAAGGAUUAAGGGCCCUAUUUCCACGACACAUAUAUUUAACCAUUAAUUCAUAAACUCAUAUAUUUUUAUUUGGAAUAUGUUGAUACAAUUUUUAAUAUGCUGACAGAACUAAGUCAACUGCAAAGGGCUACAGGGCUAACAACACUACAAACCAAUCAUGACUGCGGAUCUCAUCGAAACUAUUAAAAUACUGAACAAUUUCGAAGAUGUUAAUCCAAACUUCUUCAAGAUCAAUUGUAAUGCAAACAAGGAAUAGCGGUUUCAAGCUCAACAAGCCACAAUGUAGCAGCGAAAACAGGAGAUGCUUUACAACACCCAUGGAACUGAAUACCCGCCGAAGCCGUAAAUGCCAAAACUGUUGAAUUUUAAAAUCAAGCUUGAAAAAAAAUCAUCAGGUUAAGUGGAAGGGCAUUUGACAAGACGCUGGCUUCCUGUUCUCGCCGAGGCCACUAGAGUGUUAAGUGACCCUCAGGUAAAUUCAAGUAAAUGUGAGUCAACCUUCUGAAACAGUAAUGUUGGGGUGCUACCAUACUAUCAAUGGCGGCUCCACCUGUGAGUAUCAGGGUUACAGAAGCUCACCUUGAGUCUGUAGUCUUCUGGGGCGAAGAUAGAAGCUAUCCCAGGCUUCGGAGGUAGAUGGGGGCUGGAGCGGCCAACUGGCGAGGUCACCAAGAUUACGAAAAGGUCCGAAAAUAACGGAUGAAAGAUGAAAGCUCUGCCUCCUAGGAGGGGUGGGUGCUUGCUUUGCCCGAGGCGUAUGCCACCGUCAGGUAUAACCUAAAUUGGGGAAAUGCUCCCGCCGGCGGACAAUUUAAAUGUGGCUCCAUGCACAGUAAAUUUUCUCCUGCUACCUGGUUCUCAAGCUGUGUUUCUAAGCCUUAAACGUAUGUUUACAGCUUAGAUACAUUUUGGUAUUUCUUCAUCAAGUUCGUAUUUAUGCUGUGUCACCAUUCCACACAUCAAACAAUUGUUCUACCAUUAGUCUUUCAAACAUAUUAAUAAUAAACAUCUAAUGCUGCACUAGUGUAUUCUUACAUGCAUCCGACACCAGUUUUACAGAACAUAGACUGUAAAAGAUCUGUGUAAUUUAUCUCGUGAGGGUUGUGUGAAUUCGCAUGAGGUUAUUUCCAACUUUAAAACAGUUGUGAGAUACUGUCAAACUUGUUUGGACUUAGAAUGUCAGUUGCUGGUCUGUCAUCGCAUACAUGAAUCUACUUUUCUGGAUUCUCAGAGCAAAACUGCGGAUACGAACGAGGUGUAACCAUCUGCUGCACCAGCUCAAUUAAGAGUAUCUGAUAUAGCAUUUCAUACCACAGAAACCUUUUAAUUUUAUCAAAUUCUGAGCUUUUUCUUGAAAAGUGGAGAAUAUUCUUCAGGGCUAAUUUCUAACAGUGCGGGACAGAUGUAGGGCUCGUUAUAGCUGCUGUAGUCUUUCUGGAAUUGGAAUAUCCUCCUCUAAUGUAGCCUUUUGGCUUCAGAAUCAGCUCUGAAUGAAGAACUGGGAACAUGAAAUAAUUUUUUGUUUGUAAACUAAAGUUUUCUAAUAGACACAUGAAAAUCUAUAGAGUAACAUAAUAGCAGUGCAUGUAUAUCUUGAUAAUAAAAUAAAUUAAAGAAACA